CCUCCCUGCACACCACGGGAAAGCCCAGUCAGUGAGAGAGUGUUUCACUGUUCAGAGCCACACAGGCAGGCCCCAUUGUGUACAAAUCUGGCGGAGGAUGUGAGGAACAGGAUCAGCCAAUCCUUUGUACCCUGCCCCGCUAAUUCCAGAGCAGCGGUGGGGCCCUGCAAUGGGGAGAGCGGCCGGAUGCCGAGGAAACUCGCCUUUGGAAGCGCUCGCAGAGAGGCGGUGAAGAAGUCGAAGAAGGCGUCCAAGAGCAGCCGGCUGCCGGUCUGCUACGAGAUCCUCACCCUGAAGAAGCGGAUGGCUGCGGAGAUGUACAGCGCAAAGAAAGCGCCCGGCAACGCGAGUGCCAGCUCCAGCGCCCAGAGCCACCAACACAACCUCAACAACAACACAGUGCCCGCCAACUGGCAGGGUCUCUACCCAACUAUCAGAGAGAGAAAUGCAGUGAUGUUUAACAAUGAUCUGAUGGCUGAUAUUCAUUUUUUGGUCGGACCUCAAGGCGGUACACAAAGGUUGCCGGGACACAAGUAUGUCUUGGCUGUCGGGAGCUCGGUCUUUCAUGCCAUGUUCUAUGGCGAACUGGCUGAAGAUAAGGAAGAAAUCCGCAUCCCUGAUGUUGAACCCGCUGCAUUCCUGGCUAUGAUGAAGUACAUCUACUGCGAUGAGAUUGAGUUGGCCGCAGACACGGUGUUGGCCAUCCUGUACGCGGCCAAGAAGUACAUUGUCCCUCACCUGGCCCGAGCCUGCGUCAACUUCCUGGAGACCAGCCUGAGCGCCAAGAACGCCUGCGUCCUGCUGUCCCAGAGCUGCCUGUUCGAAGAGCCCGAGUUGACCCAGAGGUGCUGGGAGGUCAUCGACGCCCAGGCCGAGUUGGCCCUGAAGUCCGAGGGCUUCUGCGACAUCGACCAGCGGACUCUGCAGAGCAUCUUGAGCCGGGAGAGCCUCAACGCCAAGGAGAUCACGCUGUUCGAGGCGGCGCUGGGAUGGGCGGAGGUGGAGUGCCAGCGGCAGGAGCUGGCCACCAGCGUGGAGAACCAGCGCAAGGUGCUGGGCAAAGCGCUCUACCUCAUCCGCGUCCCCGCCAUGUCGCUGGACGACUUCGCCAACGGCGCCGCCCAGUCCGGCCUCCUCACCCUCAACGAGACCAACGACAUCUUCCUGUGGUACACGGCGGCCAAGAAGCCCGAGCUGGAGUUCGUCUGCCGGCCCCGCCGCGGACUCAGCCCCCAGCGCUGCCACCGCUUCCAGUCCUGCGCCUACCGCAGCAACCAGUGGCGUUACCGCGGCCGCUGCGACAGCAUCCAGUUCGCCGCAGACCGGCGCGUCUUCCUGGCCGGCUUCGGCCUCUACGGCUCGAGCUGCGGCUCGGCGGAAUACUCCGUAACCGUGGAGCUGAAGCGGCAGGGGCUGGUCCUGGGCCAGAACUUCAGCACCUUCUUCUCGGACGGCUCCAGCAGCACCUUCCCCGUCUGGUUCGAGCACCCGGUCCAGGUGGAGGCCGACACCUUCUACACGGCCAGCGUGGUGCUGGACGGCAGCGAGCUCAGCUACUUCGGGCAGGAGGGCAUGACCGAGGUCCAGUGCGGGAAGGUCACCUUCCAGUUCCAGUGCUCGUCCGACAGCACCAACGGCACUGGCGUGCAGGGCGGACAACUGCCAGAGCUCAUCUUCUACGGCUGAGAGCGUUGGGAUGCCCGCCACACCUCCCCUUCACCCGCACCUCCUGUGGGGCCUCUCACGGAGAAGCCACAAGCCGCCCACGCCCUCCUCCUCUCACUACAAAGGUUCCCAGGUUGCGGCACUUCCUGUGUCACUCCCUGGCGGAAACGAAGAAACCGCAGAUGCUGGUUUACUCAAAAAAAUCACCAAGUGCUGGAGUAAGUCUCCAACUAGCCUGACGUACAGUCCCAACCCGAAACGUCACCCAAUCCG